AUGUGCUGACUCACAGAACAGAGAGAUGCGUGUAUGUGUCCUGUGCUGAUCUGGGGCUGCUCUCCACUCCCAAGGAUGCAUGUGUGGCUGCUGUGCCUUUAAGAGAGAGACCCCCCAGUACUGGCUGCUGUGCCAGGGAGCAGGGACCCUCACUACUCUUGUUGUAGUAGAGAGACAGAGACAGGGGAAGGCAGAGAAGGCAGAGACAGGGGAAGGAAUACUCGGCUAAUAACAUCCUACACUCUCUCUGGCUGCAGUGGGGAAGCAGCAGCAACAUCAGCAUCAUUCUCUGGAUUGCAUUGGAUUUAACUCCUGCACCCCCCCCAGGAUACAACUGCACCCCCAGCCUCUCUACUCAAUAUACCACCAAUAUUCUGGGGGACCCCCCUGAAUACCCAGGCAGCACCCCCACUAAUUCCACAGCCACAUUCCACAGGGGACCCCACUUGUGUCUAAUACACAAUCCAGGGUGUAAAUGGGGGGCCACUCCUGUGUUUAACCCAUGGAUACCCCCAGCAGCUGGUGACAGCCCCCCAGGAGAAGCCCCUAAACUUGGCAGCAGGGGGGAAGGGGCAGAAUCUGGGGCUGAAGUUUUGCAGCUGUGAGAGGGGGAGAGGUUGGCUGCGAUCAAACUUCGGCUGAUUCCGUCGGAUUUGUCGGCUCCGAGGAACUCCGAGCGAAGAGGAAUGUGUAGAACCCGCGGAACCAGCUGAGAGCGUCACACACCUGCGGGGACAUUGGAGUUAGAACCUCAGCCGCUCCCACACUGUCCUCUGCCACCCGCGGAAUUGUCGCCAUGAGAUCGCUCCGAGUCAUCGCUUGCGUCUUGUUGCUGCUGCUGCUACUGGUCUGCGUUGCAGGUGGCAGUCAGCGAGGCGGCAGGAAGAAAACGGCAUCGGACGUGGCAGCGACCAACAAGCAGAAAACUAAAGAGAGAACAUCAGCAGCCACAUCGACCAGCAGAGACUGCCUACAAGCAGGAGAGGCCUGUACCAGUAACCCCAGUUGCAGUUUCAAUUUCAGAAAGCUGCGCCAGUGUAUAGCAGGGAACGGCGCUAACAAACUGGGCCAGAACGCCAAGAACCAGUGCAGACGAACCGUGACGGAGCUGCUCUCUAGCCAACUGCACGGCUGCAAAUGCAAACGCGGCAUGAAGAAAGAGAAGACCUGCUUGAACAUAUACUGGAGUGUCCAUCACACCCUCAUAGAAGGUGUAAAUGUGUUGGAGAGCUCCCCGUAUGAGCCAUUCGUCAGGAGAUUUAACUAUGUGAGACUGGCGUCUAUCACAGCAGGUUCUGAGAAUGAAGUCACCCAAGUCAACCGCUGCCUGGAUGCGGCCAAGGCGUGCAACGUCGACGAGACCUGCCAGAAGCUGAGGACCGACUACGUCUCGUCGUGCAUUCGCCACGUGUCACGGACUGAGCAGUGCAACCGCUCCAAGUGCCACAAGGCCCUGAGGAAAUUCUUUGACCGCGUGCCUGCGGAAUACACCAACGAGCUGCUCUUUUGCCCCUGCGAGGACACGGCUUGUGCAGAGCGGAGGCGACAAACCAUCGUCCCUGCCUGCUCCUAUGAAGCCAAGGAGAAACCAAACUGCCUGACACCACUUGAGGCCUGCAAAGGGAAUAAUAUCUGCAGGUCUCGCUUUGUUGAAUUCCAGUUAAACUGCCAGCCCUCUCUCCAGUCUGCCACUGGAUGUGCCCGGGAGAAUUAUGGAGCCUGCCUGCUGGCAUACACAGGAAUUAUAGGUGGCACAAUCACGCCCAAUUAUGUCGGCAACUCCUCGACCAGCAUUUCCCCUUGGUGUACGUGUAACGCGAGCGGCAACCGACAAGAGGAGUGCGAGAACUUCCUCCACCUUUUCACAAACAACAUCUGUCUCCAUAAUGCUAUUCAUGCCUUUGGCAAUGGGACAAACUUGAAUCCAGUGUCAAGUCCCUCUGUUGCCUCAACAACACCAGCAUUUAAAGAAGAGGUGCAUAAAAACAGUUCCAUCUCCGUGUUAGAAGAGAGCAUCUUUAUCCAGAUGCAGCCAACCAAGGUCUCUGGGGAGGAGCCAUUUCUGCAUGGAUCCAAUCAAAUAAAGUCAGAGGUCUCCAGUUCUCUGGCUCUUUCCCCUUUUUCAACCUUGGCCGGAGUUGGAAGCUGCCUUCUUGUUUCCCUUCAGACUUUUGUGUGAAAGGGACGGGUUGUUCCACCUUGUACUCUCAGAACAUGACUUAUAGGAGGAACCUUUCUUUUAUUUUUCAUUUCUCCUUUUGAUUUUAUUGUUUAGGAUUUGGUCAAAUUAACCUUAAAAUGCCUUCAAUUUCUUUUCUUGUACAUGAAAAAAAAAACUUUUUUGUUGCAUUAAUCAAAAAGUUUCUACAAAUCUCUAAUGUGAUUUUCGGACACGUUUUAAAUCGAGGCCAUGUGACUUGACUGAAGUCUUUUGACUGUCUAGAACAAUGGUGCCCUGUUUUUUUGCCCAGGUGCCGAUGGAGAAUGGACAGUGCCUAAUAUUGAAACCCGGUGCUGGGAACUGCCCAAGAGCGACAUUUACACAAUCCCUUACUAAAUCGGAUGACGUUUGAUUUAUUUGACACUAGUAUGUAGAUAACUGUAUACGACAAUGUGAUGAAUCCCACUCUUAUUUUCUACUUUUCUUUGGGGAAACAAAAAGUCAAAGUGAAAAUGAUGUUAUCGUUUCCUUCAUUCGAGCGAAGAAGAGCAAGGAGCCUGUUGCCAUGGCGUUUUCUUUUUUGAUUUUUUUUUUCGACUUUUCUUUAUUUUCCGAAACAUGGAAAGUGCUUGUGUGAUUCAAAGUGAAAGUCUUUUUCUCCCCUGGGUCCUCAGACGAUUUCUACAUAUUAAUAACCCAGAUGCUUUGGAUUUGAUACAAGUCGAACCUCUCGGUUCCCCGACGUUUUAGGCUUUUCAACAAGUCAAUCAACGUUUUCUGAAAACAACUUUCUUUCUUCUCGAACAGAAAUAGAUAACGGACCAAUAUCGCGUAUGAUUUUUAAUCUAUGGAAUGUCUUUUUUUUUUUCUCUUCACCCGGACAAUGAUAUUAAAUUGUACUAAAGACACAACACAGGGUGUGACGUUAUUUUUAAUCGGGAGAUGAAGUCAAUAUAAAGAAAAUCGCUUUGUCCAGUGUGUGGUGAGAUACAAUAUUCCGGCUCUUGGAGUACUGUAUGUAUUGACAUUCACAAAUGUGCUUAUUUUUUCUAAUUCAAUUAAUUCAAUAUAAAAUGCGAAAUGUAAACAGUGCAGCAACCCCAGUGAGAAGACUCUCUACAGCCUGUCUUGUUUACAGCAACAAAUAAAACUACGUUAUAGAAAAAA